AUGAAAGGAUGUCAGGAAAAUAUUUGUAAACAUGUGAGAGAACCAGAAACUUGUAAACAUUCCUGUAUUUAUUUACAUGAAAUAUAUCGAAAUAAACCUGGAAUUUGUCCUAAUAAUUCACAUUUGGCUCCUUUUAAUGAAUGUACAGCAUUAUGUCACUUAGAUGGUGACUGUCCGGAAACGAAGAAAUGCUGUGUUGAAGGUUGCAGUAGACAAUGCUUAAAACCACGUGGAAAAGAUUUGAAUCUUUUGCCAAUUCCUACCAGUAUCAGUGUUCAGGAACGGAAACGGAAAAGGUCAGUAAUUGUUCGAUGGGUGAUGCAACAAAUGAGUCGCUCACAGACAAAUUCAAAUGCUAAUUUAUAUGUAAUACAAUGGAGAUGGAGUUUACAUAAAGAUGGUACUUCAAUAAGCGAUUGGCAAACAAUUGUUACUAGGAAUAAAAUGUAUGCUAUUUUAAAGCAUUUACUUGCACCUGGUAGAUAUUAUAUGUUUCGUGUAGCAGCUGUUAAUACCUAUGGUAGUUUGGGUUUCUCAAAAAGUAGUCAACCAUUUAAACUUUCAAAAGAACCUCAAGCACCUGGACAACCACUUGAUUUAACAUUGGAUAAAUCAGAAAUUGAUGAACAAAAUUUUUGGAAACAACGAAUCAAAUGGAAUCCACCGCUUUCUGAAUUACCAAUCAAAAAUUACAUUCUUUCAUGGCAAAAAUCAACAUUACAACAAGCAAUUGCAUAUGAUAAAAUGUUAAAACGACGAUUAAAUAUUGAAAAACAAGAAAAACGAUCAGCGACAGAUGACGAUGACAACGACGCCGACGACGAUGACGACGACGAGGACAUUGAUGACAAUAACGAUGGCUUUGUGGAUCGUGAACGAAUGUCAGUUGUGAUACCAGCAUAUCAUUCAUAUGCUGAUAUCAGUCAAUUACAACUUCAAUCUGUUUAUUUAGUUGAAAUUUACGCUAUAGUUGACUCAUCAGAUGGUGAAUUACACGGUGAAAAAGCAAUAAUUUACGUGAAAACUGGCGCAAUGAACGUUAAUAAAGAUGGAUAUGAUAGUAAUAAUACUACCAUAACUACAACGAUUCAAUCUCAGCAAAUGAAAUUAGAAUCUGAAAAUAAACUGCAAAAUAAUAGAUUGGAAAAUUUAUCUGAUAUCAGAACUGAUAUGAAAAUGGAAAUGUUGGACGUUAGAGCACCAUAUUUUGAUGAUAAUAAUUUAAAAACUGUAGUAAGUUGGUUCAGAAAUGGUUUAUGUAAUGGAACAAGAGUCAAAUAUACAGUAAGAUGGCGUUUAUUAAUGUGUCAAACAAAAGAUGUUAGUAAACGUAUCACUUAUUAUGAUCUUGAUUCAUCUGGUGAAGAUUGGGCGCAAAUGGAAGUUCAAGAAUGUGUCGCAGUAUUGGAAGAUCUUGAUUUUAAAUGCUCAUAUAAUGUUGAACUUGUUAGCACUAAUGCCAAAAAGAUUAUUGCAAAAGGUCAUUUUGAGACACAAAGUUGCGAGAAAACUCCAUCAACAAUUACUCUAAUUUGUAAUGAUCAAUCAAUUUCUCAAUCACUCGUCUGCAUGACUAAUUGGAGAAAUAAUUCGGUACAAUGCAGUUGGAAAAGUAAUAAUAAUAAUAAUAAUGUCACAGGAAAAAAUGUUGGUUAUCGAAUUGUACUUAGUAAAUCUGAUGAAGUGAACAAUCAAAUAAUAAUUAUUCCACCACAAACUACCACAAUUCAAUUUGAUAAACUUGAACCGGAUCGUGAUUACUUUGUUCAUGUACAAACGAUUACAAGUAAUGGUGUUGGUAAUACAUUAACAACAUCAUUUCGAAUUAAUCGAAAUAAGACUUCCGAGAAAUAUUCAACAGUUUUUUCAUCUGAUUAUCGUCGAAAUAAUACUUUAUCUCAUAUUAGUAACAUAAUUGUGGAUCAUACAAAUAAUGAUCAAAUAUCACAGAAUAUUGAUUUGCAAUCAGUGAUGGAGGAAGAUAAUGAAUUUUUGUAUAAUGAUGAAAGGUUUCCAGGUGCUACAAUACUUGAAUUACCAUUAGAAAGUGUUGCAUCAGAUGUAAUCAGGUGGACAACUUUUUAUUUCAUUUGUAUCAGUAUAUUGUUAAGAUAUUUGUUAUUUACUGAUAAUACAUUAUGA